AUGGUUCAACCAAUCAAGCUCUACACUGUCGCCGCGGGCCCAAACCCAUGGAAGGUCGCCAUCUUCCUUGAGGAGCUUGGUAUUCCUUACACCAACGAGCUCCGAACCUUCGCCGAGCUCAAGGAGGAGCCAUACCUCGACAUUAACCCCAACGGCCGCGUUCCAGCCAUCCAGGACCCAAACACUGGCAUCACUGUCUCUGAGUCCGGCGCCAUCCUCCAAUACCUCGCCGAGACCUACGACACCACCUACAAGUUCCACCACGCCAGCGGCCAAGAGAAGUACUCCGAGUACCAGUGGCUCCACUUCCAGACCUCCGGCCAAGGCCCCUACUUCGGCCAGAAAGCCUGGUUCUCCAACUACCACGCCGAGAAGCUUCCCUCGGCCGAGACCCGCUACGAGGGCGAGAUCCGCCGCGUCCUCGGCGUCGUCGAGCUCCACCUCAGCAAGACCAAGACCGACUACCUCGUUGGCAACAGCUACUCCUACGCCGAUCUGGCCUGGACUACCUGGAACCAGCUGAUUGGCUGGUUGGCUGCUGACAUUGAUGUCAAGAAGGACUUCCCGCUCUUUGCGGCCUGGAAUGAGAGAAUCCAGAAUCGUUCUUCGGUCAUCAAGGUUGCGGCGGACAAGGCUACGCUUCAGUAG